CGGACAACGCCUGGUUCCUCUCGGGUCCUUCCGGCGUCGCCGGAGUGAAUUGAUCCGGGAGUUGAAGAGGGCUCCAAAGGUGGGAAGUGAAGUCAGUGCCCCAGUUGCCGGUCAGUAUAUAUUUUGUGCCCUAUUUUAUCACAAAAAAGAGAAGAAAUACUGUAGUGAAUGAAGAUUCCUCUGCAUUUUAGCACUGCUUUUUCUACUGUAGUUGGCUUUUGAAUGAGGAUGACAAUGGAAGAGAUGAAGAAUGAAGCUGAGACCACUUCCAUGGUUUCUAUGCCCCUUUAUGCAGUCAUGUAUCCUGUGUUUAAUGAGCUAGAACGAGUAAACCUGUCAGCAGCUCAGACACUGAGAGCAGCUUUCAUUAAGGCUGAAAAAGAAAAUCCAGGACUCACACAAGACAUCAUUAUGAAAAUUUUAGAGAAAAAAAGUGUAGAAGUUAACUUCACAGAGUCCCUUCUUCGAAUGGCAGCUGAUGAUGUAGAAGAGUAUAUGAUUGAACGACCAGAGCCAGAAUUCCAGGACCUAAAUGAAAAGGCACGAGCACUUAAACAGAUUCUCAGUAAGAUCCCAGAUGAGAUCAAUGACAGAGUGAGGUUUCUGCAGACAAUCAAGGAUAUAGCUAGUGCAAUAAAAGAACUUCUUGACACGGUGAAUAAUGUCUUCAAGAAGUAUCAAUACCAGAACCGCAGGGCACUUGAACACCAAAAGAAAGAAUUUGUAAAGUACUCCAAAAGUUUCAGUGAUACUCUGAAAACCUAUUUUAAAGAUGGCAAGGCAAUAAAUGUGUUCAUAAGUGCCAACCGACUAAUUCAUCAAACCAACUUGAUACUUCAGACCUUCAAAACUGUGGCCUGAAAGUUGUAUAUGUUAAGAGAUGUACUUCUCAGUGGCAGUAUUGGACUGCCUUUAUCUGUAAAUUUUAAAGUUUGACUGUAUAAAUUAUCAGUCCCUCCUGAAGGGAUCUAAUCCAGGAUGUUGAAUGGGAUUAUUGCCAUCUUACACCAUAUUUUUGUAAAAUGUAGCUUAAUCAUAAUCUCACACUGAAGAUUUUGCAUCACUUUUGCUAUUAUCAUUCUUUUAAGAAUUAUAAGCCAAAAGAAUUUACGCCUUAAUGUGUCAUUAUAUAACAUUCCUUAAAAGAAUUGUAAAUAUUGGUGUUUGUUUGACAUUUUAACUUGAAAGCGAUAUGCUGCAAGAUUAUGUAUUUAACAAUAUUUGGUGGCAAAUAUUCAAUAAAUAGUUUACAUCUGUUAAA